AUGGAAGGUCUUGAAUAUUUUGAUAAGGCUGCUUGGACAAAGGAAAUGUUGCAUAUAUUUUGUGAUAUAUGCAUUAAGGCAAUUGAUAUGGGAAUGAGACCUAAUACUCAUUUCGAUAAAACAGGGUGGAAAUUUCUUAUAACAUCAUUUAAAGAACAAACUGGCCAUGCAUUCACUAAAACACAAUUGAAAAACAAAUGGGAUGGAUGCAAAAAGGAUUGGAGGAUAUGGAAUAAGCUGAUUUCUGAAACUGGUGUUGGCUGGAAUAGUGAAUUAGGCACAAUUUCAGCUAGUGAUGAGUGGUGGAAACAAAAAAUUCAGGAAAUUAAAGGAGCCAAAAAAUUCAGACAUGUCGGUAUUGAGCCGUCUUUGAAGAAUAAAGUUGACCGAAUGUAUUCCAACAUUGUCGCAACUGGAGCGUUUGCAUGGGCUCCUUCAUCAGGUGUACCUGAUGGCAGUGAUGUUGAUCCUGGUACAAGCAAUGCCGACAUUGCUCAUGAUGGUUUGGAAGAGGGCAGCGGUGAUUCAGAGAAAGAUGUGAUUCCAGAUUUCCAGACUGACAUGGCUCGAAUGGUUGGAGGGAUAAAUAUGUCUACCAGCAGCAACACAAAAAGCGGUGGCAAAAGAAAAGAACGAGAUCAUUAUGAUGUGCAAGGUAGAAAAAAGAAAACAUCUGGAAUUCAGCUAUUGUCAAGGUGCAAUCAACUACUUGAGAGUAUGUCGACUAAGAGUGAUUCCACGUCUAUUAAUUUGGAUCGCGAAGGCUGUAGUAUUAGCAAGGUGAUGGCUGAGCUGCACUCAAUUCCUGAAGUUUCAAUUGAAGAUGAGUUCCACGACUUUGCUACGGAGUAUUUGAGUUUAAGAAGGAAAAGAGAAAUGUGGGCUAGUAUAGGUGAUAAGGAGCAGAAGUUGAGAUGGCUGCAACGAAUGUAUGCACGCACUAAACAUGCUUAG